AUGGAUCUUGAUGCACUCGAUCGCGUACUUGAGCUCUACGAUAAAAUUGUGCUUGCUUGCCAUGAACUGUGCGGCACAGAACCGACACGCCGCGAACGGUUCGUUGCCGAUGAGCAAAUAUCGCUUGGCUAUCUACAUUCCGGACAUCCUAUUAUGAGUCAUCUCGAUUAUCACAAGUUAACAGAGCGUAACAUUCUGUAUGUUCUUGACGCAGAAGCUAUCAGCAAUUAUAAUGGCGAAGGAGACUGGGCCAUCCCACACGAACUUGGGCAUAAUCAUCAAAAGAAUUGGUGGACGUUUAGCGAUGGACAAUUGGCUCGUGAGUUCGGCUGGGACAGUUUCAAGGCAGUCUUUCGCACGUACGAGAAAGCGAAGCCAACAGUUAACUCUGACCAAGAGAAAAUAGACUUAUGGGUUGAGAUUUUUUCUCAACAAGUGAAGAAGAAUCUUGUACCACUUUUUCGAUUCUGGGGUUUAACCGUUUCUGACGCAACACUCAACAAACUCAAAGAUCUCGAAAUACCAAAGAUCACCGAUAAAUUCAUCGAUGUUGCUCCUGAUAAAUAUCAAGCAUAA